UUUCUAAAUACGGUUCCUGCCUUUUAGCUCAUAUACGGAAUACAAUAUAUUCGCAUACAUGGUCGAUUUUGAAAGUACUAUAGAUAAUUAUCUCCACACCCAAAAUUGUAGUACUAUUCCAUAUCAUGAAUAGAAUUAACAUGAUUUUCUUAUUUUGAUAGCCAUUACUUGCCCAGCAUCUACUGUAGGAAAGUACUCGAGAAAUACAUAUAGACUAUUGGGAGAAAUUUUAAUAUAAAAUACAGGAGACGGUAUAGUUGUUAGCAGUUUCACAGGAAGCAGCGGGGGCGGUCGAUGCACGUCACAGCUCUUUGUGCCUUAAACGGCGAUAAAAAGGCAUGGUCGACGAACGACCCAGGCAUUGCAAAGCAACGUCGAACGGCAAAUACACCUCCGUCGAAAUGAACGCGGGUCGAUUUUGGAAGAGUACACGAACAACCCCGCUACUUUGGGAAUUUUUACUCAGCCUUUUGCAAGAUUCGGAAUGCAGAGAAUUCAUCAGAUGGAUAGACGAAUCUGCUAUGACUUUUAAAAUCGUAAACUCCUAUCAAGUUGCUACAUUGUGGGGAGAAAUUAAAGGAAGGCCCAAUAUGGAUCAAAAUAAAUUGAGAAGAGCCAUUAGACAAUAUUAUAAAUCUGGCGUAAUGAAAAAGGUAAACCAUUGAUUGUGCAGUAGUAAAUAUAUUUAUGUAAUUUUAUAUGGCAUACAGUAAAGUUUAAUAAGUUUCGCCUAUAUUAUUGUAUUGGGUCGGCAAAAGCAUUAGCCUUUGAAAAAGAAAAUAUAAACUGUAGCAUAAGAAAAGAAUUUAUGAAUGAAAAGAGUCAGAUAUUGUUAUAAAAAGUCUGUACUUGCUUACAAGAAAAUGCAUAAAAUAUAAUGGACUGUCUGUACAGUAUAGUCUAUACAAUUGUCACGAGGUUUCAAUUUGGACCAAAGUGCUGUUUCUUCGUUCUGUUACGCAUAUCAUACCAUUCUAAAAUUAUUGUAACUGUUGCAGUUAUAUAAACUAUCCUUAUAGUCUUUUAAAAAUAAUGUAAAUAUUGACAAAAUAACUUUAACUUAAACUCAAAGAAUACAAACAUGGCGUGACUGUCCAUCAUAAUUCCAACACGUCAAUUGCAUGCCAAUCUUUCAUGAGAAUUUGCCUUUGCAGAAUGAACUUAAAAGGCUCCUAAGAUAGUAUUAAAAGUCUGCUUUAAUGAAAUAGGAAUGAAAUAGAACGGUAUCAGUAGAGGAAACAUAUUUGGAACUCCGCCAAACUGUAGGCUUCGUAGCUUUGAUUGGAAACAACACCAUUUUGAUUUUCUGAAAAAUUCCAGCGUGGGAAAUGGGAAAGGAAUUCAUCCCCUAACAUCGAGGGGUUAGUUUAACAAACUAUAAGCUCCACAUGAAUUUAGUUAUUGGUGACAGAUGUUUUACAAUAUAUGUAUAUAUCAAUAUAUCCAAUGUCAAAUGUACAACUGAAAUCUUAAUUAUUCUUGCAUUAUUGUUAGAUUGCCAUUUGAAGUCUUAUAUACUCUCAAUAUUACAAGAUUGCGUUUAACUUUACUCAUAAAGAUAGCAAUUAAGCCUUGUUAUUUAAGAAAUUACUUUUGAACUGUAUAUUUUAGACGUUCAUUUACCAGUUUAUAAUAAUCUAACAUCGCUUCCCAGUUUGAAAACACAUUGAAGAUAUAUUAUUAUUGAGGAAAUUGACCCUUCUAAAGAGGAAUUAAAACUUUGCAUUUCCAAAAACAACGUUAAAUAUUAAACAGUAAAUUAAACACUAAUAACAGAACAUAAGGUUCUGACGUAGAAAUUAUAAAUUUCAACAUCUUAAUAAAAAUUAUAUCGACCAUAUCAAGACUCUUUAUUUUAUUAUUUUGAGAUAGCAAACUUUUUUUUAAUUAAACAGUUAAGAUCGAUGCAUCAUUGCAAAUUUGCUACAUCACUUUAUAAAAUUGUAUUCUAAAACAAAUUAGACCCAAUUAAUGUCAAAAUAUGUAACUUGUUGGCAUGUUCGUAAAAUAUACACUAAAACAGCACUGAAAUAUGGGAUGCCCGGCCAUUUAUAAUUUUUAAUUAAAUAUAGACUGUAUACAGUAUAGAAAACUACCACGAACAGGUAUAGCAGUAUACAAGACAAAAACAAUCUUCUAUUUGUUCUAGCUCGCUCGUGUACGAGAAUUUUAAAGAAUGUUAACAAUAUAACAUGCUUUCUACUUUACUAAAUUCAUUGAUCAUGAUCAUAACAUGAUUUAACUGCAAGCUAUAAAAAGGACCUAUAAGAUAAACAAAUUUGACGAGAAUGACCAAUCCUUUUUUAAAUAUAUGUUUAACUCUUCUUUCCAAAUUGAUUAAGCAUCAUUUUCAAAUUUAUUUCAGCCCAAUUUUCUCAACAAAUAUUUUGAUAUUUAAAUCAUUUCUUCUUUUCUACAGGUGAAGGGACAAAAAGGCGGAUAUAAAUUUGAGAAAUUGCCCUACAAUCCAUUCAAGAGCCAGCAACAACAGCAGCAGCAACAUCAUGAACAACUACAACAACAAGACAUUAACAGUAGAUCACCUAUGCAAUGCAAUUCAACAUUCAUGGUAAGGGAUUUUGAACUGUAUAAAUGUAUAGGCUAUAUAUGAAGGUGAUUUGGUAGUUGAAUUUGCGACAGAUACUUCAUACUUUUAACUUUCAUUUUUAUAAUAUAUAUCAAGCAUGCACCUGCCUUAAGUUGAACUUACUACACUAAACUGCAAAACUUUGAAAUUGGUUCAAUAUACAAAUACAUUGAAACUAGUAUAUGUGCAUGCUCUAAAUCGACUUGAAUUAAAAUUUAGAUAUAAUUUAGAUUAGUUCAGUAAAGUUUACGUUUCUUUCUGUAGCAACGCUGGAUCAAUAAGGUAUGAUUCUUACUGGAUCUCAACUAAUAGAGCUAUCCAAGCUAUCCAGUAUCAACAAAGUUAGUUUAGGUUAGAUUUCCCCUGUAGCAAGUGGCAAUACCGGAUCACUAAUAGAUGAUUCUUACUGGACCUCCAGGAAGAACAGUUUAGAACUGAUAAAGCUAUCCAGUACAAAAAAAGUUAGUUUAGUUUAGGUUUCCUCCUGUAGUAACACUGGAGCAGUAGGGGAUGACUCUUACUGGACCUCUAUAGGAAGAACAGUUCAGAACUGAUAGAGCUAUCCAGUAGCUAUAAAUAAAAAAAGAUAGUUUAGUUUAGGUUUCCUCCUGUUGUAACACUGGAUCAAUAAGGGAUAACUCUCACUGGACCUCUAGGAAGAACAGUUUAGAACUGAUAAAGCUAUCCAGUAUAAAUAUAGUUACUGUAGUUUAAUUUAGAUUUCCUCCUGUAGUAACACUAUAUUAAGGGGAUGACUCUUAAUCACUAUUGUCUAGGGAGAACAGUUUAGAACUGAUAGAGCUAUCCAGUAUAAAUAAAGUUAGUUUAGUUUAGGUUUCCUCCUGUAGUAACACUGGAUUAAUAAGAGAUGAUCUUUACUAGACCUCUAGAAAGAACAUUCUUGAACUGAUAUAGCUAUCCAGCAUAAAUAAAGUUUGAGUUUAGGUUUCAUCCUGUAGUAACACUGUUCAAUGAGAAAUUAUUGGUCUUUACUUGACCUCUAUAGGAAGAAUAGUUCAGAACUAAUAGAGCUAUCCAGCAUAAAUAAAGUUAGUUUAGUGUAUAGAUUUCAUCCUGUAGUAACACUGGAUCAAUAAUAGAUUAUCCUUACUGGACCUCUAAGAGGUCUUUAGUUAUUACUGGUCGUUUAAUUAGGGCUUCAACAGUAUCUGUACUGGAACAACACUAUAAUUUUGAAACAGCAUGCCACCAGCUUUAAUUAAAACUGUUCUUCCUUGAGGUCCAGUAAGAAUCAUCCCUUAUUGAUCCAGAGUCGCUACAGAAAGAAACCUAAACUAAACUAAUUUUAUUUAUACUGGAUAUCUCUAUCAGUUCUAAGCUGUUCUUUAUCCAAUGAUAAAUACAGUUUACAGUACAUACAAUACAUUAAAUAUAUUUUAAUUAUACUUUUAGCCAUCGCAAGAAAGAAACCAAUUCUCCUGCCAAAACUACAAUUAUUUUCUUGGUGCCUUCGUUGCAGGAGAAAACGUGACCUUACAAGACACGGCGACAACUGCUUGUCAUUCUGACCAAUACACUACGGACUGUGAAUCCGAAGCCAGCUUCGAAAGUUGGAUAGAAGAAGACAAUAUUGACGUUUUAAUGCACCCUAUUAGUAAUAGCGAGAAAGACUAUUUAGAUUCGAUAGCUGAUGAAAUUAGGCUGGACUAUUUUAUCUAAUUAUGAUUAUGUAUAGGUUAUUUAGGUAUAGUAUGUACAUAUUCUGAUUUGUAUCAUAACUUUAAAUUAAUAAAUAC